AUUUUACGUCAAACUAAACCAAAAAGUACAUAUACCUGGAACCGCAGUCGCUGGCGAAGUGUGACCACGGAUUUAUCGCACAGAAUACCAACGUUUCGUAGUAUUUAAAAUAUAAUACUAGACGUGGAUAACAAAUGCCGAUAACACUGCCGUUUGUGGCGGCAUUUUGAGCAAAAACUUUGCAUUUAAUUAGAUUCCUACACGCUACGCUAACAACAAACGCAGCGCACAUAAAAUGCCGCGCGCCGUGAAACCCAAAGCAGCUGCCGGCUCAGCGCCGGCCAGAAAGCCCAAGGGAAAACUGUAUGCCAUGCCGGAGAAGCUGGUGGAGGGCACCGUUCUGCAGGACCUGGCCAAGGGGCAGUGGCGCAUUGGUCCGUCGAUUGGAAUUGGUGGCUUUGGCGAGAUAUAUGCGGCCGCCCGCGUGGGGGAGAAGAACUACGACGCGGUUGUGAAAUGCGAGCCUCAUGGCAAUGGGCCGCUGUUCGUGGAGAUGCAUUUCUACUUGCGCAAUGCCAAGCAGGACGACAUUAAGCAGUUCAAGCAGCAGCGCGGCCUCAAGACCCUGGGCAUGCCGUACAUCCUGGCCAGCGGGUCGGCGGAUGUCAACGGCCAGAAGCAUCGUUUCAUUGUGAUGCCGCGCUACGGCAACGAUAUAUCCAAGUUCUUGAAGGAGAACGACAAGCGACUGCCGGAGGGAACUGUCUAUCGCCUGGCCCUCCAGAUGCUGGAUGUCUACCAGUUCAUGCACAGCACUGGCUAUGUUCAUGCAGAUCUCAAGGCGGCAAAUAUCCUGCUAGGAAUGGGCAAGGCUGGUGCGGCCCAGGCCUACUUGGUGGACUUUGGCCUGGCCUCGCACUUCAUCACCGGUGACUUUAAGCCGGAUCCCAAGAAAAUGCACAACGGCACCAUCGAGUACACAUCGCGAGACGCCCAUUUGGGUGUGCCCACCAGGCGAGCGGACCUCGAGAUUCUUGGCUACAACAUCAUCGAAUGGCUGGGCGUGGAACUGCCCUGGGUCAAACAGAAACUGUUGGCGGUGCCACUGAAAGUACAGAAGGCCAAAGAGGCCUUCAUGGAGGAUGUCGGUGGGGCACUAAAGGCUCUAUUCCCCAAGGGAGUGCCCGUUCCCGUGGGGGACUACAUGAAGUAUGUUGCCAAGCUCAAGCACAACGAGGAGCCAGACUAUGACAAGUGCCGCAACUGGUUCACGGCGGCGCUCAAGCUAAUGAAGAUCCCAAACACCGGCGACUUGGACUUUAAGCUCAAGCCACAGAGCAGCAGCAACAACAACCACAGUCCACCAGGCACCAGCAAGGCUGGAGCAACAACAGCCAAGAGGGCCAAGAAGGUGGCCUCCCCUGACAUCAUUUCCGCCAGCGAGGAAGAGGAGGAAUCUCCACGCAAGAGGCCACAGGUAAAGGCUGCGGCAGCGCCUCGCAGGAACGCCAAAGUCACGCCGACCAUCUCGCCCAGGAAACGAAAUGCAGCUACCUCGCCAGCAGAGACCUCACAGAAGCGAGUGAAGACGGAGCCGAAUGAUACGCCCAAGGCACGAGCCACUCCCAGAGCAGCAGCAAGCCCCAGAGCUCGAGCCACUCCCAGAGCAGCAGCAAGUCCCAGGGCUCGAGCCUCUCCCAGAUCUGCUGCAAGUCCUAAAGCCCGGACGCCAAGCGCAGCCAGUGCCAAGAUAAAUUUCAGUCCAGCGAUCUCUCUGCGCGGCAAGAACGGCAAGACUGUCGUCAACGAUGACCUGACGCCCAAGCCGCGCUCCAACAAGACAUACGAAUUCAACUUUGAGCUGGACGUCAGCAUGGACGCCAAUGUCAUUGUGAAUGUGAAGCGUAAGAAGAAGGCCAAGGAGCAGCCCGUUGGCGAGGGAGAUGUGAGAACACCUUCAUCCCGGAGUCUGGCCACCUCCAAGGAGGACACGCCCGUGACCAGAGUGAAUCUGCGCAAGGUGAAUGGAGAGGGUGCCUCCGAUUCCCCGCUAGCCGCCUCCAGCAGCAGCAGCAACAGUCGCAGUCCCAGGACGCCAGCAGUAACUGUGCGAAAGUACAGGCGCUAGAGAGUCGUCGCCCCCUCAUUGUUUUUUGAAUAUUUACGUAGAAACUAAAGCUUGAAUAAAAGUGCGCAGAUGCA